AUGCAGCGUUACUGGCGGCAGUGGCGGCUCGGCUCGGCGCCUACGCAUACAAUGGUGGGGGCACCAGAGCCUUGCGAAAACCCUCCUCGCAUAGCUGCACCCACACCACAUCCAGCGGAUAUCUGUGACCGUCAGCCAGCAGGAAAUACGGCCCACGCCGAAACUACGUCACUCAUUUCGAAGCCCGUCUGGCUUGCG